AGCGGAGCGCCCUCUUUUUUGAAAACCUCCCCUCUUCUCGCGCCGUCUCUCAUCCCCGCAGCACUUCCGCCCCUCUCCGAUCUGUUGCUACCUUCCAAACCCACUCGUACGCGCUUAGUUUGGUUUUGUCAGGCAAAAACUGCAUCCAAUUGGGCUUACAUCUCCCUUAUGUAAUGAUCAACACCGAACAAACCGGUAAUGGGCUGGUCAGUGGCGGAACCCCCGCCCCCGCCCUCGCCCCCCACGAUAAGCAACUCCUCGUAAGUGCUCCUAAAAAGACUGCACUGAGAGACGUGCAGAACGAAAACAUGGCAACUCACAAGCAGCAAGAUUUACUUCCUUUAGGUGGGAAAUCGAGUGGCGACACAAUCAAGGCGUACAGUGGUAUGAAUGAAAACGUGAUGAAUGCACGUAGGAGAUUCGAGCUUGAACUCGGUAGAGGAAGACUUCAGAACAACGUCGACAAGAUUUCGGAUUAUUCAGAGCCGAAGAAUUUAAUUCCAUUGCGGCAGGAAACUAAUGUGACAGCUGUCAAGGCAUUGCCAAGUGGUGGGCCGUCAUCAGUUCCGAGUUCUUUUGGCAAGCAGAGUAGUAAUAAUAAUAAUAGCAGUGCAGUGGGUAAGGUUUCUAGCAUUGAUUUGAAGAGCAACGGCGAUCAGAUUAGAACAGAUCGUUUCAUUCGCCUACAAAAGUUUUUGAAGCAAUGCGACGAAGCUAACCAGAGAGAGUACACUCAGAUGCUUCUGCGUUUAUCUCCUUCCGAUCUUAGCAAGCACGCUGUGGAAUUGGAGAAGAGAGCAAUCCAGUUGACCGUAGAGGAAGGGAGUGAGAUGCGGCGGAUGAAGACGCUGAACAUUCUGGGGAAAUCUUCUCCAACAAACAAUCUGAUGAAACCAACUCAGUUAUUGCAAUCAAACAAACGUUAACUACGAGGUUUGAAGUGAAUCAGUAGGCUUCUUUGGUCUUCAUAUUGAUACUGUUCAGAUCCCUAUCUAUCACUCUUGUGUUUUUUCACCUUUUGUACUAAGUUCUAUCCGAAACUAAGAUCGUUAGUUAGCCUGUAAUCAUCGUACGUUGCAACUCGUCUUCGUUUUUUACGAAAUAAGCAGUUAGUUAUAAAUUAUAAUGUAGCUCGUGUUUGUGUUCCGAUAUCAAGAAACUCUUCCCACUUUACCCCCGUUUCUAGAUUUUA